AUGCAGGCCAAGAAGCGGUACCUGCUCGUGUCUGUGGGGGCCGGUCUUCUCUUCCUGCUUUACCUUUGGGCUCUGCAAGUCGAGGAUUACCAUCAUCCAAACCAUCAAACCCAGAACCACAUCUCCCACUCCCCACAGUCUCCUCAGCAGCACCAGCAGCAGCACCAGGAGCAGCACCAGGAGCAGCACCAGGAGCAGCACCAGGAGCAGCACCAGCAGCACCAGGAGCAGCACCAGGAGCAGCACCAGGAGCAGCACCAGGAGCAGCACCAGGAGCAGCACCAGGAGCAGCACCAGCAGCAGCACCAGCAGCAGCACCAGGAGCAGCACCAGGAGCAGUCCUACCAUCAGCAGCUUUUCAGAGCAGACGGCGUGGAGAGCUUCCGGUCUGGGCCCCUGCCUCGGCCCCGGAGAGGCCCAAAGCAGUGGAGCAGGAGCAGGGCGUCUCUGGAGCCUUAUCUGGAAGGAGGAGAGCAGGAGGAGGACAGCCCACAGCUGCAGCACCAGCACACGUCUCCCCGUGAGCGCAGAGCCAUCCGCGACAACAUCUACCGCAACCGCCGCUGCCGCAUGGAGACCUGUUUCGACUUCAGCCGCUGCCAGUCCGGCUUCAGAGUGUACGUGUAUCCGGCGCAGAGGGGCGACGCAGUCUCCGAGAGCUACCAGAAGAUCCUGUCGGCCAUCAAGGAGUCCCGCUUCCACACGUCCGACCCGGCCAAAGCCUGCCUCUUCGUGCCCGCCGUGGACACGCUGGACCGGGACCUGCUCUCAGCCCAGUACGUGCAGAACGCGCGCUCUCGGAUUCAGAGUCUGCCCAUGUGGAACGACGGCAAGAACCACCUCAUCUUCAACCUGUACUCAGGCACGUGGCCGGACUACAGCGAGGAGCUGGGCUUCGAGGUGGGCCAGGCCAUGCUCGCCAAGGCCAGCGCCGACACGGUCAACUUCAGACCCAACUUCGACAUCUCCAUCCCGCUGUUCCCCAAAGAGCACCCGCUGAAGGGGGAGGCGCAGGCGGGUUACGUGGCUCUGAGCGACGCGCCACCGUCCAGGAAGUACCUGCUGGUUUUCAAAGGGAAGCGAUACCUCACGGGCAUCGGCUCCGAGACCAGGAACGCCCUCUACCACAUCCACAACGGGGACGAUAUCCUCCUGCUGACCACCUGCAAGCACGGCAAGGACUGGGAGAGGCACAAGGACUCACGCUGCGACCGCGAUAAUCUGCAGUACUCCAGGUAA